AGCGGCAGCUCGGCGGGCACGCCCCCUAGCCGCGGCCCCCUCCCGGCCUCUCCCCACCGCCUUCUCUCGCUCUCGGGUCAGAGGGCCGGAGCGAGAAGAUGGCGAAGACGUACGAUUAUCUGUUCAAGCUGCUGCUGAUCGGCGACUCGGGCGUGGGCAAGACCUGCCUUCUGUUCCGCUUCUCCGAGGACGCCUUCAACACUACGUUCAUCUCCACCAUCGGAAUUGAUUUUAAAAUCAGAACGAUAGAACUAGAUGGAAAGAAAAUUAAGCUUCAGAUAUGGGACACAGCAGGUCAGGAAAGAUUCCGAACAAUCACAACAGCAUACUAUAGAGGAGCCAUGGGAAUUAUGCUGGUGUAUGACAUCACAAAUGAAAAAUCCUUUGACAACAUUAAAAAUUGGAUAAGAAACAUUGAAGAGCAUGCCUCUUCAGAUGUUGAAAGAAUGAUCCUUGGUAACAAAUGUGAUAUGAAUGACAAAAGACAAGUGUCAAAAGAGAGAGGGGAGAAGUUAGCAAUUGACUAUGGGAUUAAAUUCUUGGAGACCAGUGCAAAAUCCAGUACAAAUGUAGAAGAGGCAUUUUUUACACUUGCACGAGAUAUAAUGACAAAACUCAACAGAAAAAUGAAUGACAGCAAUUCAUCAGGGGCAGGUGGACCAGUGAAAAUAACAGAAAACCGAUCCAAGAAGACCAGUUUCUUCCGUUGUUCGCUGCUUUGAUGAACUCUUUCUUUUUGAGAGACUGCAGCAUACCUAGAAGGCCCUUUCCUGCUUUUCUGAAAGCACAGGUCACCCGGCCUCAGAGUCACACUGCCCGGCUGCUGCUGAGAGCACCCACUGAACUUAGACCUCCCGACACAGAAUGCCAAGUGGAUCCAGCCUCGUGGCCUAGCAAAAGAAUAGGCUCCUUUUUUAUUAUACAUGGAAGCAAUGAAGUGGAGACACAUGCAGGACCUUGCUGGUUUUUUCUUUCUUUUAUUGCCUGUUGCAAAAGCUGCUAUCUUUCUUUUUCACUUUGCACAUCAGUAUUAGCCUUUUCUUAUUACUGUACACCUUAGACUCAUACUUGCACACUUUUGUGGCAUGAAGUUCUAGACAAAUUUGGGGUUGUUUAAAAUACAACAGAAUAUUAAGCAGAGGUUGACAGACUAAAAUUAAAGGACACUUGGUCUGAUUCAUAGGGCCAAAUAUUGUAUUGGUAGUAAUUGUUUAAGGGCUUUGAUUUGUGAUUUUCUUAAAUAAGAAUCAUUAAAUUAUGAUCAAAUUUAUUUUAGAAAGUCAUAAAAAUGCCUACUUGUUCAUCAGCAGCCACAGUAGCUUUCUUCAGAUUGUUAAGAUCUUUUGUUUCAUUCUUGAUCUUUUUACCAGAGUCUGGAUAGCUGAAUGAAUCACUUUUUAAAUUCAUUACCUCUGCCUGAUCUUAUGGAAACUGCAUUUGGAAAUCACCAUAAUCUCAUUUUUCCUGGGGUUUGUAUUUGCUCUUCUUUCCUAUGUUGGACUUAUUGUAAUUACUUAGUUAUCUAAAACUAGUAACAAAUUUGACCAUUGUUGUCUGAUUCUAUUUGUGAUCUUCUUGAGCUGAGAUUUUACAUAGGGAAAGAAAUGCAUAAUUUAGGGCUUUAUUUUAGCAUCUAACUGUGGUUGUGUCACAUCAGAAUAUAUAUAAUAUAUUUUUUCUUAGGUUUACCCCUUAGCUUACUAGUUAAUACCAAAUUUCUACCAUAAUCCCUGUCUGCAAGAUUAACUUAGAUUUAGAUUAUAGUUGGCAGAAAGCAUACUUAUAGGGAGAGAGAAGAACUUGUCAAUAGAAAUUUAAGAGAUAGUUCUUAGUAAUGGUGACAAUAAUGAUUUUUGGUCCUAUUUUGGGGUUUUUAAAAAGUUAAAAGUAAUUACACCUAGUGCAUCAUCUCAGAAAAAUUUUACUUUUUCAUUAAGAGAAAAUAUGAUGAAGGCUUCACUUUUAAAACAGUUGUUGAAUGUGUAGAACCCAGCUCCAUCUGUUAAGGUUCAUUGUUAUAGAACUUGGUCUAGUUAUUUGGACCAAACCCAACCAAAAGCUUAGUUGCCUUUCUCACCAAACACUGGUACUGGUAUUCCUUUUGUAGAUGUAGCCAUCACAUAAGAUGGUUUUUAAUGUUAACUUAUGUGCCAAAUUCAGAUCAUAAUGUCAUUGUUGCUUUUGUAGCCUUCAGUGUCUUAACACAGGAGGGGAUAAUAAAGAGGAGACUAUGGAAUUGAAUUCUGUUAAUAACUGUUCUUCCUGUUAUGCCUAUAAAGGCUGCUAUAAUGCUAGAUAGUUAAGAAUGAAAACUGGAAAUGGAAAUGGAUUGGAUUGUUUGUUACCACAGAGAAUUUUGAUUCAAAUUAAGAUAUGUCAUUUCUGUGCUUAGACCAGUCAGCCUUUAUUCCAUAUUUGAAAACUUAGAAAUAAUUUAGUGGCUUCAAAUAUGCCAGAGCAAUUUUUGGUGAUAAUCUAAACUUACUGUUGACAAAUUUCAGCCUCCUUAGUUGUUUUGUUUGUUGUUAAUAGUUACCUGUUAGUGUCCCAGUAUAAUCAAUAAGUCUAUGAUUGCAAGUUGAUUGUAAGUCUACCAUCUUCAAAUUUAGAUACAUUUUUAAAAAGAAAAAACAAUUUCUUAGAAGCAUCUUAUAUUUACUAAUAUUCUGAAUAAAAAAUAUUCAAGCAGUUAAGCUUUCUGGAUGGUAACAAAAUAAUUUCUAAAAGGCAAGUGCUAUGACACCAUGAAUGAAUGUAAUUCUCUUAGUUUUACCUCUGACUAUUUGGUGUCUUAACACUUUGGUUUCUAUCUCAGGGGUUGUCUGCAAACCAAAACUGACAUAUUCUGUGGUUAGCUUUUAUUAUUAUUUUUUAACAGAAUGCUUUGCUUUUGUUGUAUUUCUUCAUUCUUAUUUUGUCUUCUCUGGGUUAAUAACUAGUCUCCAUGAACUUCCUUUUGAAAGAGCCUGUAAAAGUUAGAUGAGCCUAUUAGUGCUCUUUGAAGUAGCAGCAAACUGGGAGUAUAUGCUCUGUUAUAUAAAAAUAAAUUGUCCUUGCUAUUUUCUUACAUUUAGCUUUGCUAAAUUGUAUAUAAUUUGAGCUAAGACCAUAGGAAACUCACUUUCUGCAUGGUAAAAUGACCCAAUAAAUGUUCCACUUUGCUUAAUAAUGUA